GCUGGUUCUCUUCUUCUUUUUUAAUUAUAAAGUCUAAACAGUAACCUAGCAAACUAAAACCCAAGGCACAUGUGUGCGGGGCUGUGGAGUGUGAUGAGUGGUCCGUGGAGAGUGGAGAGUGGAGUGAGGAGUGUGGAGUUUUGGCCCUGGAUUCCUGGAGGCUGGAUCCCUGGGACUCCUGGGAGUGGAUCAAUGGAUAUGACUAUGAGACUGUAUGAGAGCCCCUUGCCACCUCCCCUGCUCUCUCUGGGGAGUGGGGAGAGUGGAAACUGGAAAGACCCCUGGUGCCUGGUGGACCGGAGACUGACUGGGCUGCUUUGAAGAAAAAUCAUUACAAUCAUGAAUCAAUACCCUAGCUGUUAAAAUGGUAUUUUAAACACUAAAUUUUAAAC